AUCUACCCGAAAUAAAGCAAACCGAUCCAAUAGAAGGAAUUUCUUUCUGUUAUCGAUUGCAAAUAUGUCUGGGGCUGGAAAUUUGUGUUGUUGAAGCUUUCGCGAGUCUGGGUCCGUCUGGAAAUUUGUGUUGUCAGAGUUCUUGUAGACACUUCCUACAUAAUUGUCAUGACAUCAGAACUUUUGCGAAAUUCGCAAAGAAGGCACUUACUGCAGAUUCAGGCGUAAUAAAAUGCACGACAAAGAAGGGCGACAAGGUGCUCUUGCUCAACCUCAAUCGCAUUCAUGCAUUACAGAUCUUGUUGCCCUUCCAAUAGUUCGCAUGACAAAUAACCCAGCCCCAGACUACAUAUUUGCCAACAUGCAUACCCGGUUGCUUUCCUGAACUUCACUGUCGUGGUACU